GGUUUUCACCGGUGCACACUUAAUGAACUUUCACCCCUCAAACAGGUUUAUUGUUUUGAUUCCGCUGAUUGUUGUUUGGUGUGAAAUGUAGCGGAGGUGUCGACGGAACGGACAUUUUAAAACCAGUGGUAGUCUUCAGGGUUUAUUUACUGGCGAUGUAAAUAAUGACCGUGUCGAUCAUAUACCAGCGUUUCUGUUGACAAAGAUGCUUUCUCCCAGAUAAGCUAACGUUAGCUAUGCGGCUAACGCAACGCACGUAGCUUUGGUAACAACAUGACGGUGAUGAGGAGCGGUGUGUAGGAGCGACCGAGCUCACAUCGGAUCGCGCUGAUUUCCUGCUUGUCAGUUACUGGUUUCCCAGGAUUAUCCCGUAUUUGUGUUUAGAUAGCUACAAAACGGCUUUUCCAAGCAAGCAAACAAGACUCUUUUCGUUCAACCAGCGACUCGUCUUCUCAGAGUGUUGGACCUUUGCAUCACUUUCUUUCAAUGGGUGAGGAAAAGCCGGACACGCUGGACUUUGUGAAGGAUUUCCAGGAGUACCUGAGCCAGCAGACUCAACAUGUCAACAUGAUAUCAGGCUCUGUCAGCGGCGUCAAGGAGGCGGACGAGCUGCCAGCAGACUGCAGUCAGAAUGGACUGGAUCACCCAUCAGUGGACAUGUCACUAGAGGACAGCUCAGGGAUCCUUGUAGAUGGGUUUGAGAGGACCUACGAUGGAAAGCUCAAGUGCCGCUACUGCAAUUACGCCACCAGGGGCACGGCACGACUCAUUGAGCACAUCCGAAUUCACACAGGAGAGAAGCCGCACCGCUGUCACCUCUGCCCAUUUGCCUCGGCCUACGAGCGCCACCUCGAGGCCCACAUGCGGUCACACACAGGUGAGAAGCCUUACAAGUGUGAGCUGUGCUCCUUCCGCUGCAGUGAUCGUAGCAACCUGUCGCACCAUCGCCGCAGACGCCACAAACUCCUUCCAAUGAAAGGUGCCCGCUCACUUUCCCAUAAGAAGAUGCUGAGCGUUUUACAAAAGAAGGCCAGCUCACUGGGCUAUGGCCGCCGACUCCUCAUCAACUUCAGCCCCCCUUCUAUGGUUGUGCACAAGGCUGACAAUGUGAACGACUUCUCCCAUGAGCUGCCCCACUUACGUCAGGAGUCUUAUGAUAAUCAGAGUCGAGCAGUUGAGGACGGGCUCUCCUCAAAUCAAAAUCACCAUCACCAUGAUAUGGUCAUGGAUAACCCCCUGAACCAGCUGUCCACCCUGGCAGGCCAGUUGGCCAGCCUCCCUUCAGAGUCCCAGGCCCAGACUCAACCUCCCAUGUCUCCAGGAGCAGAGUCUAUUGUGGAUGAGAAGCCCUUCCUCAUCCAGCAGCCCCACCCUGCCACGGCUCCUGUGGCUGUCACAGCCAGCAUGGCCCAUGCCUCCUCCUCUUCCCCAAUCACCCCAGAGCCUCGGGCUCCUCCCCACAGCAAUUGCAGCCCCGGAGGGGGACCCUGCAGCGAGCACAGCGGGCGCACCAGUACCCCUAGUAUCUCCAACAGCCAACCCAGUACGCCGGCUCCAGGCCUGUCUGCCCCACUCCAGGACCACCACAUGCUACAUCACUGCCAGCACUGUGACAUCUACUUCCCCGACAAUAUCCUCUACACCAUCCACAUGGGCUGCCAUGGCUAUGAGAACCCAUUCCAGUGCAACAUCUGUGGCCACAAGUGUAAGAGCAAGUACGACUUUGCCUGCCACUUUGCACGCGGGCAGCACAAGUAAUGGAUGACUGUGGAAAACGUUGAAAGAACUUUGAACAGACAGUUUUGUUUUAAUUAAAUCCAUAGUAAUUUUAUUUAUUGGUCUUUUACUUGGCCUUGAUGUAGCCUAGCCUUUGAAAGUUGUACUUAUACAAGAAAAUGUCAACAUUCAGAUGGUUCCAUUUUGUAUAAUUAAAGGUGCCCAUUCAAGUGUAUUAUAAAGGGAUGAUCAGUGUUUUCAACAGGUUGAGAAUUUAUUUGUGGUGGUGUUAAAAAUUAGCCAAACUAAUUAACAUUAUCUAAUGAAGUAGGUUACCAAAUUUACAAUAUUCCUUAACUGUUGUUUGCAAGCUUUCCAUCUUUCUUUCAAAUGCAAUAUCAUGCAACACUAAGGUAAUGUGGUAAGGUAACUAACAAAAAAAAAGGCUUUCAUUGUUUCAUUGUACCUGUUUUUAAUACAGACUGAGGUGAAUUAAAAGUAGUGGCUGCUGGGAGAAUCUAAAAAUAACUCAUGAAUGACCUUAGAAAAUGGUCAACACACGGGUGAUCCCUUCCAAUUCCUUCAAAGUGAUAGCACUGAUGCUAAAGGCAGACUGCAUAAUCUGAGGAAACCAUGCAGUUGCUAGAUGUAAUGUUUUUGUAAACUCUGAAAAACCCCUAAAUGUAACAUUACCUCAUAGAGGAAAAAAAACAUGAUUGUAGCUGGCCUGUGCCUGUCAAGAGAGUAAAAGGAGGGAGGGUCCACUCGCACAAUAAAUUGACUCUGACUUUCAGCAGCAUGUUCCUUUACAAAAAUACAAACUGGCCAAAUCUGACUGGACCACCCAAAUAAAUUCUCAACACUCCUGGAGCUACAAAGAUUUCUCUGAUGACACUCACACAGGAGUCAAACUGUUGGCCUUGAGUGAUCUUACUUAAGCCUUGUUGAAAUUAUUUCAGUGCUUGGUGCAUUACUACUAUUUCUUUGCAGUGCCUGACAUAGUCACUUUCAAGAUAAAGAGGACUGUUACUUUGAAGAUUAAUAUUAUUACAGUUAUUAAGUUCUCCUCUUACUGUAAUGAAUAGGCCCAGAACCUUAUGGAAAAAAGUUUGGCCAUUGUAGUUUUCUAUGGUAGCCGUGAUUUAUUUUAUUUUAUUUUUUUGCCAAAAUUCUCCAUGAAUGCUGCUAAGAAACUUUGAAAUAAAUGCCAGCCGUACUACUUGGAUGGCAUUCACAGUAAAACCUGACCAGACUUUGUAUCAGUGGUUGUGGUCAGCCAGUUUAGAUUUUGUUGAAGUCGUGUUGUUUUGAAGUUUCUCCACACAGUGCCCUUCCUUGACCAGCACCAUGGUAACUUCUCUCAUUCUCUUGAAAGGAUUUUUUGCGUAUCCUUUUAAUUACAUCAUGUCACAUUCUGACCUUUUGAUAUUGUAUGAAGUCACUUUGAUAUCCAGUAUCUCCAUGUUUAGGACAGAAUCACCAAGUCUUGUGUCUCAUGUGAAAACUUUUUCAGAAUUGCCACGUAGCACUGGGGAUGCCACGUUUUAGCCUUUGUGAUAACACACUGAGAUUCCCCAUUUAUCUUAUGGAUCCCAGUGCUUUUCUGAAUAUUUACUGAGUAUUGUAUUCUGAGUGGUUGGAUAGAUGUUCAGUGUCAAAAAAGCAAAAUCAUGUUGCAGUAAGACUGCUACUUUAGCAAGAUUGUUCUUUGUCUUGGGUACUGUUGUCUGUUGCUUAGCAACAUGUGUGGAGGACAUAGUUACUGUUUUUAGGACCACCUCUUUGUCACCAUGCUUACCAGUAAUAGGGGCAUCCAGUAAUGAUUGCCUUAUGUUCUCUCAGUGUGUCGUAGGUUCAUAGGUAAUGGUGAAUGUUGAAGCCUUCUGGCGAACACUCUCUCCCUCUGGGAUGGUAAAUCAUUUUAUUGUGAGAUGGAUUAAUCUAACUAAUUUAUAAGUAAAGUGUUUUCUAACAGA